AUGGAGGGCCCUGUGGCUCCCCAAGGGGCCAACGGCUUGCUGUCGGCGAAGCAUGCCUCAAUCGCCUCUCUGGAUCCUCACUCGCUUGUGGAUCACCUCGUCAAGGUCCUCGAUGUUAUGCUCGGGGCUUCCAAAGACGACCUCGAGUCACCAGGCAGCUUGCUCUCAGAGUCAAAGCUUCCGGACACAUUACAGCGUUGCACACGGUUCGCUCUGGAACCGCAGGAAGCUCUCUACGUCCAGCAAGAUACAUUAGACCCUAGCCAGCCGGAUCAGGUUCUAGGCGCCCGCCCCAGAUACGCUUACACACUCACAGCCGAGAUAACGUAUUCUCCUCUACGAGCCGCAUGCGUCGCCUUCCUGAAACGACCGCAGCCAAUAGAUCCGUCUUCACCUAUAAGCUCGCAGGUGCAAGUUAUAAAUUUGCCGGGUAGAGCGCACGGUGGAGAGGCGUCCGUCGAUCGUACUCCUCACGUGUCGCCUCCUGAAGUUCUGCAUACCGUUGUUCACCUGGCGCUGGCGCCUUACUUCAAUGCAUACACCAAGAGUCAGGUUACGAUACCUUCGAGUAGAACAAAAGGGGACAACGACUCGCGAACGGGCAUAUCGGGUACGAGGAAGAAGAUCGCCGAGCUUGAGUUGAGCCUCUUGCAUCUCCAGCAAAAUACUGAGAUCCCUGCUCUGUCAUUGCCCAACGAUCCAGUGAUACAGGCUGCUUUGGAGCUAGCAGCAGCGAACCAUGUUAGGCCUACACUUGAACACAUACCGGCUGCAUUGCUCUCGGACAGCACUUUCCUAAACCACCUGCAAUCGUUGGUGAACACCUGGAUCCAGAGUAUCCAGACCAUUACCAAGACUUCGCGCGACCCGAGCAGUGGAACAGCUUCGCAGGAAAUCAACUUCUGGCUUAAUAUGGAGUCCGCAUUAGAAGCCAUCGAAGCUCAGCUACGAAGUGAGGGGGUACAACUGACGAUGGAGGUACUCCGACAUGCAAAGCGCUUUCAAGCCACCGUAAGCUUCAGCACCGAUACGAACCUGAAAGAGACAAGCGACCUUGUGCAGAAAUACAAUCAGUUGAUGCGCGAUUUCCCAUUGGACGAUCUCCUGUCGGCGACGUCACUGGAGAAGGUCCAAGAUGCAGUCAAUCACAUUUUCACGCAUCUUAACAAGAAGCUACGGUUAUGCCCGUAUCCAAUCAGUCGAGCACUGCCUCUGGUAGAAGCUAUCUCCAGCGACCUAGAUGCCCGUCUGCAUGCUUUGCUCCAUGGCCGGUCGCUCAUGCACCUCGAGUUUCCUGACUUCCAGGCCAUCAUGCGGUUAACGGAAAGCAUAUGGCGAACGUGGGACGACAACGUCAAAGAGUUCACAAACAUCGCAAGAGACGUGACGAGGCGAAGAAACGAGAAAUUUAUCCCCAUCAAGAUCACACCGCGCCAUACGAAAACCGAACAUCGUUUGAAAUAUAUCACCACCUUUCGGAACAAUCACGAACAGCUGCAGCGAACAAUAAUCAACGUACUUGGCUCAAAGUCUGCUGCGCAGGACAUCGCCGAUGGCUUGAAGGUGACCGAGGCCGUCUUCGUGGAGGAGAUAGGCGAUGUGGAUGCGGUUGAGGAGGUUGCCCAAGCUUACGCGGGUUUGAAGGACAUCGACGUUCUGGACAUUUCUCUGGAAGGCACGCAAAUCUGGAUCCAGGCAGAAACGGUGUACAACGAGCGGACCUCCAGAGUGGAGAACUCCAUCAUUGCAAGACUGCGAGACCGCUUAGCCACUGCGAAGUCGGCCAACGAGAUGUUCCGCGUGCUCUCAAAGUUCAAUGCACUCUUUGUUCGACCAAAGAUCCGAGGAGCAAUAUCUGAGUACCAGACACAGCUUAUCGAAAACGUCAAGCGAGACAUCUCAGCACUUCAAGAGCGGGUAACACGGAGUUACGGAGUGUCUGAAGCCCAUAGCAUGGCUCAAUUGCGAGAUCUUCCCCCAACAGCUGGAAGCAUAAUCUGGAGAAGGCAGAUUGAGCGGCAGCUCGAUGGCUACAUGAAGAAAGUGGAGGACAUCCUGGGUGAAGACUGGAGUCUCCACGCUGAAGGCCAGAAGCUCUUGAACGAAAGCAGCAAGUUUCGAAAGAAGCUGGAUACGCGGCCCAUUUUCGAGGCGUGGAUGCAAGAUGCCAGCAAGAAGAAUCUUUCCAUCUCUGGUCGCCUGUUUACGGUCAACCGCAUUCGUUCAGCUGGAAAUACGCUGCAGCUGGCCGUCAAUUUCGACCCACAAAUCAUCGGUCUGUUCAAGGAAGUGCGCAACCUUCUCCUCAACUACAACGUUCCUCAUUCAAUCAACAACAUCUCCAAAGAAGCCAAGCGUGUCUACCCGUACGCCGUGAGUCUCAUGGAAAGCGUUCGAACCUACAUUCAGACUGUUCGGACGAUUGAUGAGAUGGCUGGAGUCGCGGUCCUCCUUCAUGGCUACCAAGGCAACGCGCAAGCACUCGUCGCCAAGGGUGUACCCUUGAAGUGGGAGUCCUUCGUCCAUGCGUAUGACCUCCAUAUCCGGCAGGGGCCUGCAAUUGUGGGGACAGAUGCUUCUGCGGCGAUUACCCGUGGAGAGAGCAAGCAUGUCCAAUUUGUUCGCGAGUUUGCCGUCGCGGUAUCGGAACUGCAGAGCAAAGUAGCCAAGCUGUCAUCCGUCAAUAACGACGUGGAAAAAGCAAUGAUCCAGCUGGGAACUUGCCCGUACGAGCACCACACCCUUCAGGAAAAUCUGGAAAUCAUCCAGAAGGCGGUUGAUUUGCUGAACCUGGAGAACUACGCCAAUCUCUCAUAUUGGGUGGCGAAGACGAACGCCAGGAUUGAAGAUGUUCUGCUAGGACGCCUUACCCGGGCGAUCGAGAGCUGGAUCACUGCUUUCAACGGCGCUCAUGAAGAUCAAACGGACACCGAGACCGCCGCUGGAUUCUCGAACCACACUGACCACCCAGUUGAGGAGAUGCCCAAGAUGGACCGUCUAGUACACGAGAUUACCAUGCGAAAUCAGGUCAUUUAUCUUGAUCCUCCUCUAGAGUUCGCAAGAGCCAGCUGGGUCAACCAGCUACAGGCGUGGCUUGGCGUGAUUUGUACCUUGCAGAAGGUGCAGGCUUCCAGGUACGAUUUGAGGCUGGAGACGGAUCGCGACAGCAGUUCUUUGCGGUACUCUGAGCUACUGAGCCGUUGCAUUGGCCCUCUUUCACGGGUCCAUAAUGUCCUAGAGCAGAAGACCCAAACGGUUUCCAAGUAUGUUGAUAAGUGGCUUCAGUUCCAGUCUCUGUGGGACUUGCAAACCGAGCAGGUACUCGACCUGCUCGAAGACAAUCUCGCCAAAUGGUUACAGCUGCUGCAAGAGAUCCGUCAAACCAGGGAAACCUUCGACACUUCAGAACUUAGCUGCUCCUUCGGCCAUCUCACCAUCGACUACGACCAAGUGCAACUGAAAGUCACCGACAAGUACGACCAGUGGCAGCGCGAUAUGCUGAGCAAGUUUGCUAAUAGGCUUGGCGCUCGUAUGGCGGACUUUUACGGCGAGAUCGAACAUGCUCGCAGAGAUCUUGAAGGCCAAUCCCUGGAGGCUUCAUCGACAGCCCAAGCAGUGACGUUCAUAACCACUGUUCAGCAGUGCAAACGGAAAGUGAAGGCUUGGGCGCCAGAAGUUGAGAUGUUCCGUCAGGGACAGAGUACUCUAAAGCGCCAACGCUACCAGUUACCGUCUAAAUGGCUGCACAUCGAACAGAUCGAGAACGAAUGGGCUAUCCUCAACGAAGUCCUUAAUCGGAAGAACAAAAUUGUCAAUGAUCAGACCGAUGCUCUUCGAGCAAAGAUUGUUGCAGAGGAGAAGGUAGUGAACCAGAAGGUUGCGGAAAUCACUGCGCAGUGGAGUCAAGAGAAGCCAGUAUCAGGCACCAUCCCUCCGGAAGAGGCAUCAUUUACCCUGCAGAAUUUCGAUGUCAAGCUGAAUCAGCUGAUGAAUGAAUCGGUAAUGGUCGCCAAGGCCCAGGAAGCUCUUGACCUUCCCCCAGGCUCUGAGAACAAUCUUUCAACAUUGCUCGAGGAGGUUCAAGAUUUCAAGUCAGUCUGGGCAGCUCUCUCCACCAUUUGGGGCAGUCUAAAUGAGUUGCGCGAUACUCUAUGGACGAGCAUCCAACCACGAAAACUACGCCAGUCCCUCGACAACUUGAUUACGAUGACCAAAGGUAUGCCAAGUCGCAUGCGUCAGUAUGAAGCAUUUGCGCAUAUUCAAAGCGUGCUGCAGAAGCUUAUCAAGGUUAACCCUCUCGUGACGGAACUGCGUUCGGACACCAUCCGCGAACGACACUGGAUUCGGAUCUUUAAGACAUUGAAGCCUUCGAAGAGAUACUCCCAGCUCUCCAUGACGCUUGGUGAUGUCUGGGAUCUCCAGCUCGGUCCGAGUGAAUCCGUCAUUCGAGACGUGAUUGCACAAGCGCAAGGGGAGAUGGCUCUCGAGGAAUUCGUCAGGCAAGUCCGCGAGACAUGGCAGAAUUACUCGCUCGAUCUUUUCGGCUACCAGAGUAAGUGUAGGCUCAUACGUGGCUGGGACGAACUCUUCGCCAAGUGCAGCGAGAACCUGAAUUCGUUGCAAGCUAUGAGGCACUCGCCAUAUUACAAGGAAUUCGAAGAGGAAGCAUCAUCAUGGGAAGAGAAGCUCAACCGAGUCCAUAUCCUUUUCGACGUGUGGAUUGAUGUACAACGGCAAUGGGUCUACCUGGAGGGCGUGUUCACAGGCAAUGCCGACAUCAGGCACCUUCUGCCAAUCGAGUCAGCCCGUUUCCAGAACAUCAAUGGAGAGUUCUUGGGAGUCAUGAAGAAGGUCGCCAGAUCGCCGUCCGUCCUGGAUGUCUUAGGAAUCUCCGGCAUACAAAAGUCACUCGAACGCCUAGCCGACUUGUUGAAUAAGAUCCAAAAGGCUCUCGGAGAGUAUCUUGAGCGCGAGAGGGUCUCAUUUCCGCGGUUCUACUUUGUUGGUGACGAAGAUCUGUUGGAGAUCAUCGGCAACAGCAACGAUACGCUGCGGGUGGCCAAGCAUAUGCGGAAAAUGUUUGCUGGCAUCCAUGGACUCAUUACUGAAGAAGAUUCGACGAUCGUAGGAUUUACGUCAAAGGAAGGAGAGGAGGUCAUGCUUCGAAAAGCAGUCUCAUUGGCCAAAACCCCGAAGAUUAAUGAAUGGCUCGCUAGUCUUGAACGCUCGAUGAAGGUGACUCUGGCGGAGCUUCUGUCUGAUGCCGUGGACAAUUUCGGUUCACUGUUGGAGGCGGAUGUACUUGACUACUCCGCAAUGGAAAGCUUCAUGGUCGCGUUUCCCGCUCAGAUCGUGGUUUUGGCUACUCAGGUCUGCUGGACAUCAGCAGUCGAAACAGCUUUGAGCCAAGGUGGUGCGUCGCUCUCAAGUCUUCACGAACGACAAGUCCAGUUAUUGCAACUCUUAGCCUCUGCUGUACUACGAGAUCUCCAACCACUGCAGAGAAAGAAGUGCGAGCAUCUCAUUACCGAAUCCGUCCACCAGCGCGAUGUUAUUGGCGAACUCAUCAAGGCCGCGGCGGAUACACCGUCUCAUCACAUGUGGCUUCUUCGAAUGCGUUACUCAUACACCCAGGACGGCGAUCCACUGCACCGCCUUCAGAUUAAGAUGGCGAAUGCAAGCCUUGAGUAUGGCUUCGAGUAUCUUGGGGUGCCCGAACGCCUUGUCAGGACACCACUAACCGACCGCUGCUUCCUCACCUUAACACAAGCCCUCUGUCAGAGGCUUGGAGGAUCUCCGUACGGACCGGCUGGUACUGGAAAGACCGAAUCGGUAAAGGCCUUGGGCGUUCAGCUUGGCCGCUUCACCCUUGUCUUUUGCUGCGAUGACACCUUCGAUUUCCAGGCAAUGGGCCGGAUCUUCUUGGGAAUCUGCCAAGUCGGCGCCUGGGGCUGCUUUGACGAGUUCAAUCGACUUGAGGAGCGUAUUCUGUCUGCUGUCUCUCAACAAGUGCAGAAUAUCCAGCAAGGACUGCGGAAGGGUGCACCUGAUGAGAAAGCCCAAAUCGAACUCGUUGGCCGUCAGCUGACGGUGGAUCCUAGCACUGGCAUCUUCAUUACCAUGAAUCCUGGUUACGCCGGGAGAUCGAACUUGCCGGACAACCUGAAGAAGCUCUUCCGCAGUGUAGCUAUGUCAAAACCGGACAAGGAGCUUAUCGCAGAAGUGAUGCUCUACUCCCAGGGCUUCUCUCAGGCCAAGGCUCUUUCACGGCAGAUCGUACCUUUCUUCGACAGCUGUGCUGCACGGCUAUCCAAACAAGCCCAUUACGACUUCGGUCUGCGUGCCCUGAAGAGCGUCCUUGUUAGCUCCGGUGGAGUGAAGCGCGCAAGACUGUCCACACACGUCGAAGCACAGUCCGAGGAGGAGAUAAUCGAGCCGCAGAUCAUAGUGCAGAGCUUACGCGAGACUAUGGCUCCCAAAUUGAUACCCACUGACGUCGAGUCGAUGAUGGAGAUCCAGUUGGAGGCAUUCCCUGGCGUCCAAUACGUCCCCGCACCCCUCGAGAACCUGGAGAAAGCGAUUUGCGAUACAGCUGCAAGCCACAAACUCGUCGUUAGCGACGCAUGGAUGACAAAGAUCCUCCAACUCUAUCAAAUCCAGGGGCUUCACCAUGGUGUUAUGAUGGUCGGCGCAUCUGGAUCUGGAAAGUCUGCCGCUUGGAGAACGCUUCUGCAAGCUCUGCAGCAGCUUGAAGGCACUGAAGGAGUCUGCCACGUCAUUGAUCCAAAAGUCAUGUCAAAGGAGAGUCUCUACGGUAGCCUGGAUAGUACCACUCGAGAGUGGACCGAUGGCUUGUUUACCAGCAUACUCCGGAAGAUUGUCGACAACCUGCGUGGUGAAGAUACCAAGAGGCACUGGAUAGUGUUCGAUGGCGACGUUGACCCCGAGUGGGUCGAGAACCUCAACAGUGUUCUUGACGAUAACAAGCUGCUGACACUACCAAACGGUGAGCGAUUGAACCUCCCGCCGAACGUACGGAUCUUGUUCGAGGUCGAAAAUCUGAAGUACGCAACUCUGGCUACUGUGAGUCGUUGCGGCAUGGUCUGGUUCAGCGAUGAUACCGUAUCGAACAGCAUGAUGAUCGAGAAUUACCUAGCUCAUCUCCGGGGAACACCAUUCGAAGACCUAGAAGAUGAUGCUGUUGCAGCGGGCCAGUUGGCGCAGCAGGCCCUUGCCACCCAGGAAGUAGUGGCGAACAUGCUACAAGCUCGAUUGCUGGACGACAAUCUCAUCGUAAAGGCUCUCGACGAAGCCCGCAAGUAUCGACAUAUCAUGGAAUACACUAAUAUACGGGUGCUCAACACCUUGUUUUCCUUACUCAACAAGACGUGCCGAUCCCUUCUUGACCACAACAUGCACCAUCCGGACUUCCCUCUAGAAAGCGAGCAGAUUGAGCCAUUCAUCUCAAAGAAGCUAUUGCUUGCAAUUGUGUGGUCGUUAGUCGGCGAUUGCCCGCUGGAGGACCGAAAGGACUUUGGCAGUUUCCUUGCUGGUCUCAGCACCGUAGACUUACCGCUACUUACCGAUACUGCUUCAUUGAUUGACUUUGAUGUCACCUUGCCGAGAGCAGACUGGAAGCUCUGGCAGUCUCAGGUGCCGAAGAUCGAGAUCAACACUCACUCGAUAACACAGACAGACAUGGUCAUACCCACUCUAGAUACCGUGCGUCACGAAGAUGUGCUCUACUCUUGGCUUGCUGAGCACAAACCGCUGCUGCUGUGUGGCCCUCCAGGAUCAGGGAAAACCAUGACCCUAUUCAGCGCGUUACGCAAACUUCCCAACCUGGAAGUAGUGGGCUUGAACUUUUCCAGUGCAACGACUCCGGACUUACUCAUCAAGACAUUCGAGCAAUACUGCGAAUAUCGAAAGACUCUGAGCGGCGUUGUGCUUCAGCCUACCCAGGUCGGCCGCUGGCUUGUAAUCUUCUGCGACGAGAUUAACUUGCCAGCUCCAGACAAGUACGGAACUCAGCGCGCAAUAUCCUUCCUCCGGCAGCUGGUCGAGCAGAAUGGUUUCUGGCGUACCAGUGACAAAACCUGGGUAACACUCGACCGCAUUCAGUUUGUCGGCGCUUGCAAUCCACCAACAGACACUGGGAGGACGCCAAUGGCCCUGCGCUUCUUGCGACAUUCACCUCUCAUCAUGGUUGACUAUCCCGGCGAAAUCUCCCUCAACCAGAUCUAUGGCACGUUCAACAAUGCAGUUCUCAAGAUUAUUCCCACCUUGCGUGGGUACUCGGAGGCGCUUACUAAAGCUAUGGUCCAAGUCUAUCUUGAAUCGCAGAAGCGCUUCACGCCUGAGAUCCAGCCUCAUUACGUAUACUCGCCCAGAGAACUUACUCGCUGGGUCCGAGGCAUAUACGAAGCUAUCAGGCCUCUCGACACGCUCCCUCUGGAAGGUCUUGUGAGAAUCUGGGCUCACGAGGCGCUUCGCUUAUUCCAAGAUCGGCUGGUGACUGAGGAGGAACGAAGAUGGACCGAGACCUGCAUACACCGCGUUGCGACGGAGCACUUCCUGACAUUGAAUGAAGAGAAAGCACUAGGCGGACCGAUUCUCUUCUCCAACUGGCUCUCAAAACACUACGUGCCUGUCGAACGCGAACAGCUACGGGACUUCGUCAAAGCGCGGCUGAAGACUUUCUGUGAAGAAGAAGUUGAUGUGCCACUGAUUCUCUUCAACGAAGUCCUGGAUCAUGUCCUCCGUAUCGACAGAGUUUUCCGCCAACCUCAGGGCCAUCUCAUCCUUAUCGGUGUAAGCGGUAGCGGCAAGACAACCUUAUCCCGGUUUGUAGCAUGGAUGAAUGGCCUUAAAGUCUAUCAGAUCAAGGUCCAUGGGAAGUACUCCGCCGCAGACUUUGAUGAGGAUCUACGCAACGUCUUGCGAAGAUGCGGCUGCAAAGGCGAGAAGAUCUGCUUCAUCAUGGACGAGUCGAAUGUCCUGGACUCCGGCUUCUUGGAACGAAUGAACACUCUGUUGGCUAAUGCAGAGGUCCCUGGCCUUUUUGAGGGAGACGAGUUCGCGUCCCUUAUGACCUCUUGCAAGGAAGGGGCACAGAAGCAGGGUCUACUACUCGACUCGCAAGAAGAGCUUUAUAAGUGGUUCACACAGCAGAUUGUCAAAAAUCUGCAUGUAGUGUUCACCAUGAACCCUCCCGAAGGCGGCCUCUCGUCUAGAGCUGCUACGAGUCCAGCGUUAUUCAACCGCUGCGUCCUCAACUGGUUCGGGGACUGGUCUGACCAGGCCUUAUUCCAGGUUGGUUCGGAACUGACCAUGUCCGUGGAUGUUGACCGCCCCGGCUACGUUGCGCCAGACAGCAUACCCCUCGCUUACCGCGGCUUGAGUCUGCCGCCGACAUACCGCGAAGCUGUAGUAAACGCGAUGGUGUACAUUCACCACUCUCUACAUGGUUUCAACCGUCGUCUACAGAAGCAACAGAAGAAAGGCACCUUCUUGACUCCUCGGCAUUUCCUGGAUUUCGUCGCUCAGUAUGUGAAACUAUACAAUGAGAAGCGAGAAGAUCUGGAAGAACAGCAACGCCAUCUCAACGUCGGACUGGAAAAGCUUAGAGAAACAGUAGAAAAAGUCCGAGACCUCCGCACGAGUCUAGCGGAGAAGCAGACUCAGCUGGAGACAAAGGACGCCGAAGCCAACGAGAAGCUCCAGCGCAUGAUCGCUGAUCAACGGGAAGCAGAACAGCGCAAGGCUGCAUCCCUUGAAAUCCAGGUUGCUCUAGAGAAGCAGGAGAAGGAAGUUGCCAUGCGCAGAGAAGUGGUACUCAACGACCUUGCCAACGCGGAGCCCGCCGUGCUUGAGGCGCAGAAGAGUGUCAGCAACAUCAAGAAGCAACACCUGACUGAAGUGAGGUCCAUGCAGAAUCCUCCAGCUGGCGUAAAGCUUGCACUCGAGGCAGUCUGCACUCUUCUGGGACACAAGGUCGAGAACUGGAAAUCCAUCCAAGCAAUCAUCAGGCGAGAAGACUUCAUUGCCAGUAUCGUCACCUAUGACAACGAACGGCAGAUGACCCGGAGCCAUCGGGCGAAGAUGCGGAACGAGUUUCUCUCCAAAGAGGACUUCACUUAUGAGAGGGUCAACCGCGCCAGCAAAGCCUGUGGGCCGCUCGUCCAAUGGGUCGAAGCUCAGGUCAACUACUCUGAGAUUCUUGACCGUGUCGGGCCACUGAGGGAGGAAGUCGCUCAACUUCAAGAGGCGGCGUUGCAGACCAAGGCGCAGGCUCAAGUUAUUGAGAAGACUCUCAAAACAUUGGAAAAGAGUAUCGCAACAUACAAGAAUGAAUACGCAGCGCUCGUGAGCGAAACACAGGCCAUUAAAGCCGAGAUGAGCAAGGUGCAAUUUAAGGUGGACCGAAGCGUGCGCCUUCUCGAGAGUCUCUCCUCUGAGCGGUCUAGGUGGGAGCAAGGCAGCAAAUCAUUCGAAGUCCAGAUCGAUACCAUCAUUGGUGAUGUCGUUGUGGCAGCUGCGUUCCUGGCAUACGGCGGCUACUUUGAUCAGCAAUAUCGAAAGACUAUGAUGGAGGACUGGUUGCACCACUUAGCGCUCUCCGGCAUCAAGUUCAAGCCUCUUAACCCGAUCACGGAGUACCUUUCGACUGCGGAUGAGCGGCUGAAUUGGCAGGCCAAUUCGCUGCCGGUAGACGACCUUUGCACCGAGAACGCCAUUAUCUUGAAACGGUUCAACAGAUACCCACUGAUUAUCGAUCCUUCAGGACGCACUGCAGAGUUCCUGCAGAACGAGUGCAAGGAUCGAAAGCUUACGGUCACCAGUUUCCUGGACGACUCAUUCACCAAGCAACUUGAGAGCUCUCUCCGUUUCGGCAACCCCAUCCUGAUCCAGGACGCCGAGCACCUCGACCCCAUUCUCAACCACGUCCUGAACAAGGAAUACCAGCGAACUGGGGGUCGUGUGCUCAUCCAACUAGGAAAGCAGGAAAUCGACUUCUCCCCCUCCUUCCAGCUUUACCUCUCCACGCGCGAUCCUUCGGCGACGUUCGCGCCUGACAUCUGCAGCCGGACUACCUUCGUCAACUUCACUGUCACUCAGAGCAGCUUACAAACUCAAUCCCUUAAUGAGGUACUGAAGUCGGAGCGUCCAGAUGUUGAUGAACGCCGUUCGAACCUCAUCAAGAUGCAAGGCGAGUUUAGCAUACAUCUCCGCCGCUUGGAGAAGCGCCUGCUGCAAGCUCUCAACGAAUCAAGGGGGAACAUCCUCGAUGAUGACGUUGUCAUCGAGACUCUCGAGACUCUGAAGAAGGAGGCUGCCGAUAUCACAAUCAAGGUCUCCCAGACGGAAGGCGUGAUGGCGGAGGUCGACACUAUCACCUCCCAGUAUCAAAUCAUUGCACGCUCCUGCUCCGCUAUCUUCGCUGUCCUGGACCAGCUCCACCAUGUCAACCACUUCUACCAGUUCUCUCUGCAGUACUUCAUCACUAUCUUCGAGUCUGUACUGCAAGCCACGAAGCGAAGAUCACACAGUACCGGCCACAAUGCAAGAAUUGAUCACAUCGUUCGCGAGCUGUUCAUUAAUACCUACCGUCGCACUUCUCUAGCGCUGCUGCAGAAAGAUCGCGUCAUGCUUGCGUUGCUACUGGCCCAAGCAGCUCCAUACAGGAUGGACAAGACGCUGAUCGACAUCAUCCUAGAUAAAGAUCUUGAGGGCACUGACAUCUCGACCGCUCCCUCCCUGAUGGAUGAGGCAAUGGCGCGGGCGUCCAAGCACCCGCUGUUCAAGGAACACAUUGCCAGCGUGGAUCCUUCAGCAUGGGACAACUUUAUACAAGAGGAGGUAGCCGAAGAUCAUGUACCACGCGCCUGGCCGGAGGACAUCGACAGACUCGACCAGCGACUCAGGUCCAUCAUCCUGAUCAAGCUAUUCCGCAUCGACCGCUUUGUGCCCGCCGUAGAGCGGUUCGUCAACGAAGUCUUCGGUGAUGGCCUCCUUGAUGCGGGAAGCGAUCUGAGCGAAAUUGUCAAGGAAGUCUUGGCCACCACUCCUAUUGCACUGAGCUCCAGCCCGGGCUUCGACGCCAGCUACAAAGUCGAUAUGCUCGUCGAGAGGACGCACGCCACGUGUACCAACAUCGCCAUGGGCUCCAACGAAGGCCUCGCAAGCGCCGACAAGGCCAUUAGCAACGCGGCUGCCACCGGCUCUUGGGUCUUAGUGAAGAACGUUCAUCUAGCUCCUACAUGGCUGCAAAGUCUGGAGAAGCGGAUCGAAUCAAUUAAGCCUCACAGCGACUUCAGGCUGUUCCUUUCCAUGGAGACAAGUCCCAACAUUCCCGUCAAUCUACUCCGGGCGUCGCGGGUGCUCAUGUACGAGCAGCCGGCCGGCAUUAAGGCGAACAUGAAGGACUCGAUGUCUUCUCUCUCGACACGAGCCGUCAAGGAGCCGGUGGAAAGGGCGAGAGUGCACCUGCUGCUCUCCUUCCUUCAUGCUGUUGUACAAGAGAGGCUGCGCUAUGCUCCAAGUCUUGGAUGGCGCGGCUUUUGGGAGUUUAACGACAGCGAUUACGAGUGCUGCAGCUUCGUGAUUGACAAGUGGAUCAACACAGCCGCCAAUGGACGCACGAACCUCUCGCCAAAGAACAUCCCCUGGGACAUCCUCCGCGUCAUGAUCACAGAGAUGUAUGGCGGCAAGAUUGACGACGAAGACGACUUUGAUACCCUCGGCCAGAUCGUGGAUGGCUUCAUGACGCCCGCUGCGUUCGAGGAGAACUACGUCCUCGUCAAGGACGUGCAAGACGGUACAGGAGAGAGUGCUACGGGCCUGACUAUGCCUAGCGGUAUAGGGUGGAAGGACUUCACAGAGUGGGUCAACCGCUUGCCGGAGCGCGAACCGCCGACCUACCUCGGCUUGCCGGCCAACGCGGAGAAGCUAUUGCUGGUGGGACAGGCGAGGGACAUGAUGGACAAUUUGGAUCUUGUGUUGGAGAUGCUGGAUGAAGGCGAGCAGGUCAUGGCCGAGGCGGCAGACGCAUAG